AACGUUAUACAGAGUACGGGGACGCGGUGGCCCCGCCCCUCCGCGGCGUUACAUUGUAGCAGCGUCCCUGCUGUCAGGGGCAGCAGUCAGCUGGAGUGCUGCCUGUCAUUGCUGGAGUGCUGCUUGUCAUUGCUGGGUGCAGGAGAGUUGCCGCUUCAUAGACUCGCCAUCCUGCUGGGGGCAACUCUACCCGCUGUACGCUCCUCUAUCUCGGCAGGAUGCCCCUGGCACGCAGCUUAUCAGUCACCUCCCUGAACGGGCUGGAUGAUUGGGACGAUGACCUGGACCUGGACAACUCUGUGCUGUUCGAGGUGGCAUGGGAAGUGGCUAAUAAAGUUGGUGGAAUUUAUACAGUUAUACAAACCAAAGCCAAGAUCACCACAGAUGAAUGGGGAGAGAAUUACUUCCUCAUCGGACCCUACUUCGAGCACAAUGUACGGACCCAGGUUGAGUUGAUUGAACCUCCGAAUCCUGCCAUCAAGCGUACAAUGGAUUCCAUGAACUCAAAGGGAUGUAAGAUCUACUUUGGCCGCUGGCUGAUAGAAGGCAGUCCCUAUGUAGUCCUUAUUGACAUAGCAGCCACCGCCUGGAACCUCGACCACUGGAAAACUGAACUCUGGGAUAGCUGCACCAUAGGGAUCCCAUGGUAUGAUAGAGAAGCCAACGAUGCUGUGUUGUUUGGUUUCUUGACAGCAUGGUUCCUGGGCGAGUUCGCAGCACAAUGUGGUGAUGAGAAGCCCUUUAUCCUGGCCCAUUUCCAUGAGUGGCUCGCUGGCGUUGGUUUAUGUUUGUGUCGAGUUCGUAAACUUCCAGUGGCUACCAUCUUUACCACUCAUGCUACCCUCCUGGGGCGUUACCUGUGUGCCGGAAGCGUAGACUUCUACAACAACCUGCAGACGGUAAGAACACUCCCCAUAUAAAUGUAAUAUUAUGAU